AUUUUAUAUCAUGAGUUAUUGCCAUAUCACGUUGGUAUUAGCUCUUCCUUGGCUACUGAAUUUCAUUGGAUAAGAUUCUCCCGCAGGAAGAGUUAAGGUGGGAUGCACAUAGAAGCUGAGAAACCACGUCUUCUUCCUCGCUUUUAAGAAAAUGGGCGACCAAGGUUAAUUUCUUUUAUUGGAAAUGAAUCAAUGUUUACUGUUUCAACUCAUUGCAAUCAAGUAUAGGGUCCAUUUACUCAGUAUUACAGGAUGUGCCUGUCAUGGUGUCUCAUCACUACAGGCUUCCGAAGCAGAUAUUUAUCGAUACAGAACUUUCACCAUUACCCGAAUCCCUCGACAAUUUGUCAACAUACCCGUUCAAUGUAGAACGAGAGGCACUUUCAGAAAUGGCAGCCGCUCGGAAACAGCAACAAGAGGAGCGCGAGCGGCUGCAGAGCGAAUACGUCAAACGGCAAAAGCUUGCAGCACGCAGAAUUGCACCGGGUUUCCUCGAUACCGAUACUCGAAUUUUGCAGCCAGAACCAUUGUAUCACCGUGACGAAGAAGGAGAGGAAGGAGAAUUGCCUUCGGCUCCACGCCAUCAGCAGCUCGAUUAUCAAAAGUUCGAGCAAGGUCUGGCACCUCCAGAUCCUUGGGACCAGCCGGAAAAUGAUUUGGUUGCUUUACGGUCGAUUUUAGGACCUGCGGAUCAAGGCUGGGCCAAUAUGAAAAGACAACAACAACAGCAGCAACAUCAACAUCAACCUCGUCCACCACAGCCACAGCUACUGCCACAGCAACCGCAGCCGCAAUCUCAUCCACAUCCAACACAGCAGCAGCAGCAACAGCAACAGCAACAUACCUAUCCUCCCACACGGCCUCAUGUGCCUGCUCCAGCACUUCCUCCCAAGCCGUACGCCAGCUCACCGUCUUCUGCACAGACGUCUCCUCGGGCUGCCUCGGUUACACCUGUAUCAGACUCACCGCCACCUCCUGUGCCUCCCCACCCGCAGCACGAUGAUCUAAUUGAAGAAUUGGUCAACAUGGGCUUCUCCAAACCGCAGGCUGCAGAUGCUCUUGAAAAGAACGAUCAUGACCUGACGAAGGCAACAAAUUUUUUGCUAGAUCAUGGGAUUGGCUAAAUUAGGAAAGCGCUUUAUUGUAAAUAAUGCAAAAUAUCAAAGAAAAGAACCGGU